AGAAUAAAACCGCUUCUUUGUUUAGACAAUCACAUCCAUCAGCUCCUUCCCAUCCAUCUUCUCCGGCCAGCCUCUUCGCUGAUCAUCCCCUUUACUUGAACUGACAUGCCCUAAGAGAAGAGAGAGACGAAAAGGGAAGCUUGAUAUCGAUCAUGGGUUCCGUUAAUGUGAUCAACUGUUGUCUUGAUUCUAUCACACAAAUAUCUGACCAACUUAAGGGUGCCAUUAUCUAUUUGGAUGCCGGAUCCACACAAAGUUUCAAGUUUCUCGGGGCUUUCCCACUUUUACUCGAUUUAGGCGUUAUCGGCGUUUGCAGCUUGGAGAACAUGUCUUCUCUUCACACUGCUAUUAACUGGAAUAGGAAGAUUGCAGACCCGAUCAAAGUUGUAUUCUUCACUUGCCGACUUCUUAGUGACGCACAUCGGUACAUUUUACGCUGUCUAACCUCACUUGAACGAGUUUCCCACUGCACCAUAUAUACAUCUAUUUCAGAGAUAGGUCAUUCAGCGUAUCCUGAUUCACCUUUGGGACCAGAUGCUUAUCAUGAAUAUCAAUCUUUACUUGUCCAAGAUUAUGAGGAGUUCAUGAAGACAAAUAAUUCAAAUAUCAAUAAAGUUAAGAAGAAUCUCAUCCCUGAAGAUGAGGGGUUGUUGAAACUCACCUCACAUGAAGAGAGUAUCCGCAUGUCCCCAGCUUUUACCAGUACUAAAGAUAUGUAUGACGUUGAUGGAACAGGCCAAACAGAAGAUGUAGGGAAAAAAAUGAUUGCUAAUGUGCAUCACUUCCCUUUGAUAGUAUGCCCAUUCUCACCAAAGUUCUUUGUGUUACCAUCAGAAGGAUCAAUCGCUGAGGCAUAUUUAUCACCAGAGCAAGAAAGUUCCAUUAGCUCUGGGUUACCUCCAUUAAGUACCGGGACAUCUCAUGAUGGCGAGGAUGUGCCUGCCGGGGUUGCUCUUACAGCACAAUUUCUUUAUCAUCUGACCUCAAAGAUGGACCUGAAACUUGAAAUAUUUUCGCUUGGUGAUCUAUCAAGAACUGUCGGGAAGCUAAUUACAGAUAUGUCUAGUCUUUAUGAUGUUGGGCGCCAUAAACGAUCUGCAGGGCUAUUGCUCAUUGACCGCACAGCUGACCUGCUUACGCCGUGUUGUCAUGGAGAUUCUCUUGUUGAUCGGAUCAUUUCAUCCGUUCCUCGUAGAACCCGCUCAUCCUCUGGUUCAGCCAAGGGUUUACAGACCCAUCGAGGAAAUAGCCCUGCUAACAUACUGCAUGCUCCUCUUGAUGUUCAGAUUCCACUAGCUGAUGUUCUUAGAGAAGUCCAAAUGACAAAUGUUCAUCUCCAAGAAACAAUUGAAGCCUUUUUAGAUGGGUGGAAUUCUAAUGAUUCAGCUACACAAAUAGAUACGUUGGUUAGUCUUGGUAAUAAACAGGAUGGUGAAAAUAGAAUCCUUUCAGAGAGCGAGCUGCUUAGUGGGUCGUUGAUUUCUACGGAAAGCUUUAAUGGAGCACUGUUACUGGAGUCUAUUUUAGAUAGGAGAACAAAAGAUGGUAAUUUAUUGAUUAAGAAGUGGCUUAAAGAAACACUGCGUAAAGAAAAGAUCUCUGUGAAUUCCAAAACACAACCUAGAUUAGAAUUACAGCAUAUGAUUAGUGCUCUUGCUAGAAAUCAAAUGUCUUUUAUGCAAAACAAAGGAAUUAUACAGCUGGCAGCAGCCACGUCCUAUGCUAUGAGUGAAAGAUAUCGUACCAAAUGGGAUUCUUUCAUAAGUGCUGAGAAAAUACUUAGUAUAAGUGCUGGAGACACAAGUCAAAGCCUUUCUUCGCAAAUGUGUGAUAUUAUCAACAAAAGUUCUUUUGUAAAAACCGAAUCAUCACAGGGGCUUUUUACAAUUGAAGAUGCUUUGUUGUUAACGGUAAUAGGAUAUAUAUUGGCUGGUGAAAAUUUCCCUACUUCAGGGUCAACUGGUCCCUUUUCUUGGCAAGAGGAACAUUUUCUGAAAGAAGCUAUCGUUGAUGCAAUUCUGGAAAACCCAGAACUAGCAAAACUGAAGUUUCUCCAUGGCCUAUAUGACGAUCUUGAAGCGAACUUGAAAAAGAAAAGAGAUGGGGGGACUAAAGAAGAGCCGUCGAAGGCCUUAGAAGCUGAUGAUUUUGAUGAUGAUCAGUGGGAUAAUUGGGGCGAAGAAGAUGCAGACGCGAAUAAAAGUAAUGAUCAUGUUUAUAGUGACAUGCAAUUGAAAUUAGAGUUACGAGAUAGAGUCGAUAACCUUUUUAAAUUUCUUCACAAACUAGCCAAUCUAAAGGGCAACAAGGGGAUAAGAGAAGCAACCUUGAACUGGGAAAAUAGCAUUGGUGAUGAUCCCUAUUCGAAAAAGGGGCUAUUGUAUAAACUGUUAACCAGGAUAUUGAACAAGUACGAAGUUCCUGGUUUGGAAUAUCAUUCAUCUACUGUUGGGCGGCUUUUUAAAAGUGGGUUUGGAAGAUUUGGCCUGGGGCAGGCAAAACCAAGUCUUGCUGAUCAAAAUGUGAUACUGGUUUUUGUCGUUGGAGGCAUGAAUGCCAUUGAGGUAGUCGAAGUUCAGGAGGCAUUAUCUGAAAGUGGCAGACCGGAUAUAGAAGUAGUUCUCGGGGGAACAACUUUUCUAACUCCUGCUGACAUGCUUGAUUUACUUUUAGGUGACUCUAGUUAUGUUUGAUAGAUAUAUGUAUAUAUCUUACACUUUUACUUGUUUUUUUCAUUAGUGUCACUGUAAAACUAAAACAGCGGUACCUCCGAUUGUAGUUUCCCAGUUUCAUGAUAUAAUAGUUCCAUUUUAUAAAGUA